UUUCUUCAAGAUUUCCAUUUUUUCACCAAACCUUGGUAACUUAUAGUUUUAAUGGAUACCGCAAUCUCCAUGCAAGAGACCCAAUAUAACAACGGAUCAAGUACUUACAAGAAGCCAUUUCUUAGAUAUCUCGACCGUCUUUGGUUUUCUAUAAUCAUAGUUAUUUUUUUCUUUAUUGUAGUUUUUAGCCCUCUUUGGGUUCAAGUUUUUAAUAGUUUCUUGUUCAUCAUCACUAGAAUUAUUACAUACUACAUCUUAAACCCUAAGGUUUUAUUCGUUCUAACAAAUGUCAUCGUGAUCACCCUCAUUGGAGAAUCAAGGAUGAGUAGUUCAAGAUCUUCUUUUCCAGCUAGCGAGUUACGUAAAGAGUUCAUUGUGAGAAGCCAAUUUUGUGACUCGUCGUCGUCUCAUGGAAACGUGAAGGUAGAAAUGGGAUAUCAAAGAUACUCAAAAGAGAAUAUUGAUCGACCGAGGCAAGACGAGGGUAAGAGAUGCAAGGUUAGUAUGUUGCGCGAUAUGGAUCCUUUGAACCAGAGGGCUGAUGAUCUGAUCGCUCGUGUGAACAGGCAGAGGAGGCUUGAAAUUGGGAUUUUACAUAGCCACAUAGGCGGUAGCCGUCUAUAGGAAUAAUACAUGGCCAAAUGUGGAGUUAAAGCGUUUCUUGUUACCAAGAAACCAAUUAUUAUAAAAAGAAAAUGCAAAUUUUGCAGACAAGGGUUACAAAUAAGUAAACGAAGUUAUAAUUUUCACGAUGUACCAAUAGGAUUCAUUGGUAUGCGUAGGAAUUAUUGCAUGUGAAAUUGUGAAUGGAUAUGAUUUGCGAGACAUACAUUAGUAUAAUUUUAGGCAUAUGUACUAUUUGUAGUGUGGGUACAAGUACGUGCUCCAUCAAA